UGGCCUCGGCUCCUCCCCCUUCUUGUCUAGCUCGGGGAGGCUCGGCGCAUCGGCGGAGAGACACCGGGAGGCUGCCAAGGACUCCAUCCUGACUUUCAGCGACAGUUAUCUGCUGCCAUUUUGACACUUUUUUUUUGAGGGGGUCGCUGGGGGAACAUCCCGAAGAAGAACAGCGCUCGUGCUUUUUCCAAUUCGGUUCGCCCACAUAGCGGUCCACGGCGAAAGCAAGGCGGCGAAGAUGUCCGGCUACCAGGGCAAGAAGAACAUCCCUCGCAUCACAAGUGACCGACUCCUGAUCAAAGGAGCGAAGAUCGUCAACGAUGACCAGUCCUUCUGCGCUGACAUAUAUAUGGAGGAUGGUGUCAUCAAACAAAUUGGGGAAAACCUGAUCGUCCCGGGUGGGGUCAAAACCAUCGAUGCCCACGGUCGCAUGUUGAUGCCAGGCGGGAUCGAUGUGCACACACGCUUCCAGAUGCCCGAUCGAGGCAUGACUUCUGCUGAUGAUUUCUACCAGGGCACCAAAGCGGCACUGGCGGGAGGGACCACAAUGAUCAUUGACCACGUGGUACCCGAGCCAGGCGUCAGUCUCAUCUCGGCUUUCGAGCAGUGGCACGAGUGGGCCGACAGCAAGUCGUGCUGUGACUACUCGCUGCAUAUGGACAUCACCGAGUGGCACAGAGGCAUGCAGGAAGAGAUGGAGACCCUUGUGAAGGAUCACGGUAUCAACUCCUUCCUGGUCUACUUAGCUUAUAAGGAUCUAUUCCAGCUAACUGACACUCAGGUUUACGAAGUGUUUAGUGUGAUCCGUGAUCUGGGAGCCAUCGCUCAGGUGCACGCUGAAAAUGGAGACAUUGUUGCUGAGGAACAGCGCAGGAUCCUGGAGCAGGGCAUCACUGGUCCUGAGGGACACGUGUUGAGCCGUCCUGAAGAGGUAGAGGCAGAGGCCGUAAACCGCUCUGUGACUGUGGCCAAUCAGACCAACUGCCCACUGUACAUCACCAAGGUGAUGAGCAAGAGUGCUGCGGAUGUCAUCGCUCAAGCCAGGAAGAAGGGCACUGUUGUCUACGGAGAGCCAAUCACUGCAAGCCUGGGGACAGACGGCUCACACUACUGGAGCAAGAACUGGGCUAAGGCAGCAGCUUACGUCACCUCCCCACCACUGAGCCCCGACCCCACCACACCAGACUAUCUCAACUCCCUGCUCUCUUGCGGUGACCUGCAGGUGACAGGAAGUGCCCAUUGUCCCUUCAACACUGCCCAACGUGCUGUAGGCAAAGAUGACUUCAGCUUGAUUCCUGAAGGUGUUAAUGGGACAGAAGAGAGGUUGUCGAUUAUUUGGGAUAAGUGUGUGGUGACUGGCAAGAUGGAUGAAAACCAGUUUGUGGCGGUGACCAGCACCAACGCGGCCAAGAUCUUCAACCUGUACCCCCGCAAGGGUCGUAUUUCUGUGGGUUCCGAUGCUGAUCUGGUACUCUGGGACCCUGAUGUCACUAAGAUCAUCUCUGCCAAGACCCACAACUCGAGUGUGGAGUACAACAUCUUUGAAGGAACAGAGGUGCGUGGCGGGCCUCUGGUGGUGAUCAGCCAGGGCAAGAUCGUCCUCGAGGAAGGAAACCUCCACACCACCGAAGGUUCCGGACGCUACGUGGCCCGUAAACCUUUCCCUGACUACGUGUACAAGAGAAUAAAAGCUCGCAGCAGGCUGGCUGAGUUGAGGGGUGUUCCCAGAGGUCUGUACGACGGUCCGGUUUGCGAGGUGUCUGUCACGCCUAAAGCGAUGACGCCCGCCUCAUCCGCCAAGACGUCACCCGCAAAGCAGCCAAACCAGCAACCAGUCAGGAAUCUGCAUCAGUCUGGUUUCAGCCUCUCUGGCGCUCAGGUUGAUGACAACAUUCCCCGUCGCAACACCCAGCGCAUUGUGGCGCCCCCGGGUGGCAAGGCCAACAUCACCAGCCUGGGUUAGAGUGCGCCAUUCACUGCGUGGGGGGUAGGGGAGGAGGGGGUAAAGGAUCUGAGGAAGGACGCCCGAUACAUGCCGAGGGCUUCGUGCCGGCUACUUUUCACAACAACCGAUUGGGUGUUUCUUCAUCUGUGAUCUGUAACUUCCCAAACCCCACGCCCCACAUUCUGUCACCCCUCCAAACCAGAUCCUAAAAGACACAGUUCCAAACAAAAAAAGAUCUGCCUCACACGAAGAAAAACAAAAACACUAAUUUCUGCACUUUUUAUUUUGUUUUAUACUGUUCUGUCUCAUUUUCAGCCGCCGUUGGGUCAGCUGAUUUAACAUUGUCAAACGGAUUGGGUACUAGAGUGUCAAAGGUCAAAUGUACUGUAUUUUCUAAGUUGAGAACAGCACGUGCGCUUCAUCACCAUGCAACAUUUAAUUGAUAAUUCACCCACAGUGCUGUCUUCAGUUCAAAAUAACAAUAAUAAUAAUAAAAAAGAACAACCCAGGGUUCUUCA